AUGUCUUCAACUACACCACGUCCAAAACUAUCACAAUUAUGUGAACUAUGUCAUUGUCGUAAAGCUAUGAUUAAAAGACCAAAGAAUUUACAAAAAAUUUGUAAAUUAUGUUUUUAUAACGUUUUUGAAACUGAAAUUCAUAAUACUAUAGUUAAUAAUAAAUUAUUUUAUCCUGGAGAAAGAAUAGCUGUUGGUGCAUCUGGUGGUAAAGAUUCUACAGUUUUAGCUUAUAUAUUGAAAUUAUUAAAUGAAAGAUAUAAUUAUGGAGUGGAAAUUGUUUUAUUGAGUAUAGAUGAAGGUAUCGUUGGUUAUAGAGAUGAUUCCCUUGCUACUGUUAAGCGUAAUAAAGAACAAUAUAAUUUACCAUUAGAAAUUGUAUCAUAUAAAGAUCUUUAUAAUUGGAGUAUGGAUGAAAUUGUUAGUUGUGCAGGUAUUAGAAAUAGUUGUACAUAUUGUGGUGUUUUAAGAAGACAAGCUUUAGAUAGAGGUGCUGCUAAAUUAGGUAUAAAUCAUGUUGUCACGGGGCAUAAUGCAGAUGAUAUGGCUGAAACUGUAUUGAUGAAUUUAUUAAGAGGUGAUGUUGCAAGAUUAGAAAAAUCAACAACUAUAAUGACAUCAAGUAGUGGAUCACCAAUUAAAAGAUCAAAACCUUUUAAAUAUUCAUAUCAAAAAGAAAUUGUUCUCUAUGCACAUUAUAAGAAAUUGGAUUAUUUUUCCACUGAAUGUACUUAUGCACCAGAAGCUUUUAGAGGUACUACAAGAGAAUUAAUGAAAAAUUUAGAAGCAAUUAGACCAAGCUGUAUUAUUGAUAUUAUUCAUUCAGGUGAAAAUUUUGUUCUUAGAGAGAAAAAAAUAAGACAACAAUUUAGAAAAAAUCCACCAAAACAAUCUACAGAAUCAAAAGGAGGUCCAAUUAAUGAAGAAAUUGAAGUUAGAGCAGAUGGAUCAAUAUCAUUAAAUAAAAAAGGAUUUGUUGAUGGUAAUAGAUGUGAAAAAUGUGGUUAUUUAUCAAGUAAUAAAAUAUGUAAAGCUUGUAUGUUAUUAGAAGGUUUAGAAAUGAAUAGAGCUAAGAUUUCAAUUGAUAAUAAUGAAUCAAUAGAUGGUGCUGCAAAAGUGGUUCGUACAUUAGAACAACUUACAUUUUGA